AUGCCGUGGGUGAACCGACCAGAUGGGCAUCGUAUUUACUAUAGGAAGGUUGACCCUGAUAGAGAACAUCCUCGAGGGAACAUAGUCUUGAUAAUGGGAUUAGCAAUGCCACAUGUGUGGUGGACGCCUCAGACCGCCUUUCUCUCUUCGAUAGGCUUUAGACUUCUCCUUAUCGACAACCGUGGUGUGGGGUUCAGCAGCCUGGAGUCGUUCUCUAUGGAUCUGCAUCUGUUCGUAUCAAAUCAUUAG